AUGGACUGUUUAAGUCCUAUUACCAAAAUUGAAGGAUGUCUUCGAGAUAUCGCAAACGAAAGAGGAAUUAGGGCGACAGAAUAUUUUAUAGAUUAUGAUAAGCUGCGUCAUGGCAAAAUAUCUGAGGACGUUUUCUUCAGAAUCUUAGACAGAAACUUUGGUUUUAUUGCCAACGAUGAGCAAAAAAAGCAUAUUAUUAAGAAGUUUGGCGAUGGUACUUUUAUCAACUGGAGGAAGUUUGCUAGUUGCAUCGAUCCUAAAAUAGAGGAAAAUGACGUUUCUAUUUUUCCACAAAACCAGAUAGCUGAGUUUAACAGAAAUCACUACGGGUGUAUGUCUAAAGAUUCCAUUGAAGAUAAUGAAACAUUCAGACCCAUUAUAUCGCGGAUAAAUCAAUUUAUUAAAUACAAAGGCAUUGUGCUUCGUGAAUGUUAUAGAGAUUUUGACCCUCUAAACUCAGGAAAGUUCUUUCGCAACUUUCCGGGUCCUGCAGACAUAAAUGAAGCUGAAAUAUGCGCUCUUGCUAAACGAUACUCUGUACCGAAUCGUCCGGGAAUGGUAGACUAUAGACGCCUUGAAAACGACAUUAUCGAUCUUGAUCAAGCAGAAAAAGUUGCUAAACAUGGAGUCCCUAUCGUGGAAAAGAACCCAGAUACACAUAUUUUUGACAAAACAGAACUUGAAACGCCGUCAGUUCAGCAGCUUCUAGAACGCAUCGCAUUUGUUGCGUACCGUCAAGGAAUCCGGUUUAGGGAUUUUUUUCGAGAUUUCGAUCCGUUAAGGCGUAACGAAGUCACCGAGCACCAAUUUAACCUAGUACUCGGUCGAGCACUGGAGAGGUCUGUAAAGCUUCAGCCCACCGAUAUUCAAAAGCUCGCAAAUUACUUCCGAUCCAAAAAAAAUAAAUUCAUGAUUUCGUAUCAAGGUUUUUGUGAAGAGGUAGAUUUGCCCCUUCAUGAAAUGGACUUGUGCAAGGCACCUCUUGUGCAACCAUUGGUUCCCAACACAGGAGCAACUUCGAGGCCAUUGCAAGCACUGAGUGAGGAUGACGAGGUAAAGGUCUCCGAGACAAUCAAGCGUCUAAGAACAAAAGUUCGCAGUGAAAGAAUUCCAACAUAUCAAUAUUUCCAGGACUUCGACGCGGGGACAGCUCUGACUCAGGUAGUGACGCCCAACCAAAUGGCGAGGAUUUUCAGCUUCCUCAAACUAGACGUAACCUGGGAGGAGUGUCAACGCUUGAGUCGCAAAUUCGCAGACGCCGCCACCGACCUCGUGAAUUACGCCGCGCUCUGCCAAGCCAUCGACCCCUUCUGCAAGAUCGCGAAGCGCGUGAAGUGCUACGCUGACGCGGACCCACAGCCUCAACCGCCGCCGCGCAUCGGCGAGUUUCCCAAACCCCGAGAUCGCGCCAACUGGGACGCCUUGUCGACGCCGAAGGCUCUGUCUGUCGGCGACAACGUCCCCGCCGAUGUACUGAUGUCACGGAUCCGUCACCUCGUGCUGGUGAACCGGAUCCAGCUGAAGAAGUACUUCGAGGACUUUGAUAAUCUGCGCAGUGGACGCGUGAGUCGGUCGCAGUUCGAGCGGGCGCUGUCCGUGGCGGGAAUCACUCGUGUUGGCAUGCACGACUUAACUCCGGCCCAGGUUGAAACAUUGGCCAAUGCGUAUGCCUGGACGCCCGAUCCUUCAAGGGUGAAUUGGAGGAGAUUUGUCGGCGAUGUUGAUGCAGUCUUUACGGCACCCGAAAUCGAACAGAACCCUCUCUGCCAAGUCGUUCCGUCUGCAACAUUCGUUGCGCCGAAACCGGGUACUGGAGAUUGGGACUCGGCCACCGAGGAGAUGAAGGACCGCUGUGGGUGUGCCAUGCGUCACCUUCGCCGCAACAUCACUGAACGCCGCGUGGACAUGAAACCAGAAUUCCAGGCAUUUGACAAGAUAAAUCGGGGCCACGUGAAGGUGCAUAACUUCAAGCAGAUCAUAUCGAGCCUCAGAUUCCACCUACCUGACGACCAGCUCGAUGCGGUGAUUGCCAAGUACGCGGACGACUACGGAUUCAACUACCGCAGAUUCCUCAACGACAUCGAUCCGCCGGCUGAGGAGUCGUUGCACUACGAGUAUCCGAAGAGAAUCAAACGGCUGCGCGAAGCCUUCAACGAACAGCAGAAACCCCAUGAAAGCGAGCCGGUAGUCCGUGAUGUGGUUGGUGUGAUGGACUACAUUAAACGCGAGGUAACACGAAGUGCCCAUGCUGUUGGUGAAAUUGAUGUUUUUCACCAACGAAUACGGCUGUCUGAAUGGUUUCGUGAUUACGAUCCCCUGCGUCACGGCAAGAUCUCGCGACAGCAGUUUAGGCGGGCUAUGAACCUGCUCCCGAUUCCGCUAAAAGAAACCGAAUUUAACUGCAUCGAGCACUAUUAUAAAGCCGACGAUCCGAAUGACGUACGUUGGAAGGACUUCUGCGAUGAAAUCGAGUUGAUAUUUUCCACACCGCUUCUGGAAAAGGAUCCCCUGAAGCAGCCUGACGUCUACCAGUCGGAGAGUGCCGUUUCAAGGAACCACCUACCCACAGAAGUCGCCGAAGCCGCUGAUCGAGCUAUAAAGAAAAUUGGCAACAGGGCGCGUUCAAAGCGGACACAGCUGACCCAGUGGUUCAACGACUACGACAAGACGCAUCGCAUGACGCUGAGUCAGAAUCAAUUUCGCCGGGUGCUGCAUAACCUCGGCCUGGCGGAGGACAUCAGCAAGCACGAGUGGGACGCUCUCUACGCGCGCUACCGCCACCCAGUUGGGCUCAUUGACGACGUCGACUACCUCGCCUUCGCAGAUGACGUAUUUCGUCUAGCCGGAAUGGCGUAUCGGGUGCCUUAG